GUUGUAUAGCAUAGCUAGCGUUCUAUGACAAGCUUUUCAUUUUGCUUUGUCAGUAAGCUGAUUGCGUAUGAUAAUUGGAAAUAAUAUUUAACAUUCCUCAAAACUCUUUCUCUCGGAGAGAGAAGGCAGUGACAGAUUCAGGAUGGAUCCAGCUCUGCUGAGAGAGCGAGAGCUCUUUAAAAAGAGAGCUUUGUCAACUCCUGCAGUAGAGAAAAGACCAGCAGCCUCUGAGGCCUCUGGAUCCUCCAAGAAGAAAAAGAGCAAACCAGACAAAGAGUCGUCAUCUUCCUCCAAAAACAACAGUGAUCCCAGCAAUGGCUCAUUCAAUCUCAAAGCACUUUCUGGAAGUUCAGGAUACAAAUUUGGUGUUUUGGCUCGAAUUGUCAACUACAUGAAGACGAGGCACCAGCGAGGUGAUACUCAUCCUCUGACUUUAGAGGAAAUUCUGGAUGAGACCAAGCUACUGGACAUUGGCAUGAAGCAGAAACAAUGGCUGAUGAGUGAGGCAUUAGCAAGUAAUCCUAAGAUUGAUGUGCGGGAAGGGAAAUAUGCCUUUAAACCCAAGUAUCAUCUGAAGGAUAAGAAAGCUCUGCUUAGACUUCUGGACAAACACGAUCAGCUUGGUCUCGGAGGAGUGUUACUGGAUGAUGUUGAAGAGGGGCUACCCAAUGCAGCCAAGGCUAUUAAAGCGCUCGGGGAUCAGAUUAUAUUUGUGACUAGACCAGAUAAGAAGAAGAUUCUAUUCUACAAUGACAAGCACUGUCAGUUUGUCGUGGAUGAAGAGUUUCAGAAGCUGUGGCGGAGUGUUCCUGUUGAUUCCAUAGAUGAGGAGAAGAUCGAAGAGUACCUGAAGAAACAGGGCAUCUCAUCAAUGCAGGAGACUGGACCAAAGAAAAUGACACCAAUUCAGAAGAGGAAGAAACCUGGAACCCAGAGAAAGAGACGCUAUAAGACUCACAAUGACCAUCUGAAUGGAGUGCUGGAGGACUACUUCGAUGGAGUUCCCUCAAAGAAGUGACACACACAGCUGUAAAAAGCUCAGAGUGAUGAGACUGAUAUCUGUGAUGUUUGUAUAUCUGUUCUGAUAACGUCUUAUUGUCAACCAUAAAGAUAUGCAGACAUACACAUACACAACUUUAGAACUGUUCUGAGUUGGCACAAAUGUGAACAGACUGUAAAUAUUUCCUUUCCAACAUUACGUUUUACUUUUUGCUAGUGCUUUAAAAAUGGACUUUUGAGCUCUUCUUUUUUUAGGUUUAAAGAUUAAACAAGAGCAAUCAAACCACA